AACUUGAGCCGUGUUUUGUUUUCCCUCCACUAAAACACGUGUGAGAGGUUUAUAGAGGAAACAAAUGCUAUCGCGACGACUUCCUUCUACGGCGGUUUCUUUCUCAUGGCGGCGGUCCAGACUCCCGAACUUGGUCCCCACCCAAACGGUGCAGAUGGUUCAGAGAUCUCUCGAGUCACUCUCCGUUUGCCCUAAUAAAGUUUGCAUGAUUGCCUUCUGUUAUUCCACCAGUCCUCAAAUAUCCGCCGACUUGACCGACUCAAUCCCCCAACCGCCGUCAAAACAAGGUCCUCUUCAACCCGGUCUGUAUCUAGUAGGAACUCCAAUUGGAAACCUCGAAGAUAUCACUCUACGAGCCCUCCGAGUCUUAAAAUCAGCUCAUGUAAUACUUUCAGAAGAUACCAGGCAUUCUGGAAAGCUGCUCCGCCAUUACAAUAUUAAAACUCCCCUUCUGAGCUAUCACAAAUUCAAUGAAACCCAAAGGGAACAAACUGUGUUGAAGAGGCUGAAGGAAGGUGAAAUUGUGGCGCUCAUAAGUGACGCUGGGAUGCCAGGCAUCAGUGAUCCUGGCACCGAAUUGGCAAAGCAAUGUGUGCAUGAAAACAUCCCUGUUAUUCCAAUACCUGGACCGUCCGCUUUUGUUGCUGCCCUCUCUGCCUCUGGCCUAUCCACUGAUGAGUUUACAUUUGUUGGAUUUCUCUCUAAACACGCUGGAUCUAGAAGAGAGAGGCUGAUGGUUUCAGCAAAUGAGGCGACGACACAAAUAUUCUAUGUGCCUCCCCACAAGCUUCGUGAGUUUCUUGAAGAGGCUUCUUCACUUUUUGGUGUUACAAGACAAUGUGUCAUAGCUCGUGAAAUUACGAAAGUUCAUGAAGAGUUUUGGCGGGGUACAUUGGGAGAAGCUGAAGAAGUGUUUUCUACUCGGACGCCAAGAGGUGAAAUUACAGUGUUAGUUGAAAGAAAGGAAAAUUCUCCGGUUGAAACACCUUCAGAGUCUCAGCUUGAGGAUGAGUUAAGAGAUUUGAUUUCCAAUGGGCAUAGCCUUUCUACGGCUGUCAAAUUAGUGGCUGAUGGCACAUCAGUGAGAAAGAAAACGAUAUAUUCAAUCGCAUUGAGAAAAUUUGGGAAGCAACUUGGUUCAGAGAGUCAUGAAGAUCCAUGCAAGCGACAGCUGGAGUGACCUUGGAUGUUACUGGUGGACCAGAGAGUAAAGUGCUUAUUAUGCGAACUGAUUUUUGUUUCUUAAUAUGUGAUGAAAAUAUUUACGUGAGUGUUUUAAUAGACUAAAUUUA